GGGAAACACGGAACCUCUAAAAUAUAUAAGAUUCUCACUGAAAUAAACGCAGAUAUAAGUCCUCCAUAUAUAGAACAAUGGGAAAGAGAAAUAGGAGCUACAAUAGAUGCGGAAAAACAGAGGAAAAUGUUUAGAAUAAUCCACGGAAAUAUAAAUAUGCAGGAGGUAGAAAUGAAUUAUAAGUGUUUGGCAAGAUGGUAUAUCACACCGAGUGUGGCACAUAGAUUGAGUGGAGAUAAUUCACCUUUAUGUUGGCGUGGAUGUGGAGGUAGAGGCACAAUGUUUCACAUAUGGUGGGAGUGUUCUAAAAUACAAGAGUAUUGGGGGGAAAAUAGUAAGCUUGAUUCAGAACAUUACAGAGGUUGAUAUUCUAGUAGACCCAGAGAUUUGCCUUUUUCAUAGUACUAAGCUUUCAGUUAAAAAAUACAAAGAAUCUGGUUUAUUGUACUAUUUGAAUACAGCAAGGUGACUGAUACCCAAGUAUUGGAGGAGACAGGAGGUGCCGAAAAUAAUAGACUGGGUGGAUAGGGUGGAUCAAAUAUGUAAAUUGGAGGAACUUUAUCAUUUGAAUGAAAAUAAGAUGGAGUUACUAUAUACGAUGGAACAAAUGGGAGGAAUUCAAAAAGUCAAGGCUAGCCUUAGAGGUUAUGGGGGAUUAACAUAG